AAAUCUGACUCAUUUUUCGGAACUCACACAAGGACAAACAAACAAACAUAGGGAUUUCACAUUUACAACAGAGAAAGUAUAAGAAUAUUCUGUGGGUCUUAGAAAUAAUCCCUCAAAAAUGAAGGAAAACCCUUCAAACUGACCCACACUGUCAAAAAAACAGUUUCGUGAAUGAUCAAAAUCCCCAGUGAACCCAUGAAAUAGAAAAUGCUAACCGCGGCGCGUUAUCUGAGAAAUUUAUCCUUAAUUCGCCAAUGCCUGAGCCGUACGAAAAACUACGGGGCGCAUUAUUCCCAGAGAUGCGACGUAGACGAUUGCGACUGCGUCAUACACCAGCCGAAAUGCAAAAAACGUCCGCAGGUCGUGCGCGAAGUGAACUGCGAAAAGUGCAUAUUCGAAUGUUGGGAGUACAAGCCUAGGCCCAAAUUCGUGGCGCCCAAAACGCAGGAAGAACAGAGGAAAAUUACAAGAGACUGCACCCCUUCUAUGAAGGACCCCAAAUGGAGGAACGUGAAGGAGGAAAAGAAGAAGGCCAAGGUCUGCCAGCAUAUAAACAGGGAGGAAGCGCCGGUGGGCAACUGCCCUAAGACUUUCAAGGGUGUAUUGUCUACAACGUGCAAGGAAAAUCCCUUCAAGUUCGAAGAUGAAAAGGUCCCAUUACCUGAUUGGGACUACAACAAAAAAGCCCAAACUCCAUGGAAAGACUGAUUUCCAGUACCAAUUAGGUGAAUCUGUAUAAAAUCUAUGACAUCUUCAAAGUGUAAAUUAAGUUCUUGAUAAACUCAAAUUUUCGUUCAAACUUUCCUAGAGUUUUGUC